CCUCCCUGUCGGCGAAUAUUUAUUCUUGGACAAACAGGCACAGAGAAUCGAAUAAAUCUCUUUUGUUUGACGACAACGACGACGAAGACGAAGACGAUUAGACGAAGACGAAUAAAUUCUCCUUACUAAUCUUGAGUGUGUUGGUUUUGCUUUGUGGGUGUUAUACUGAACUUGGUCUUUGUAGACAAGACAACUUCUUGAAGAUGAAGCUUGGUGGUGUUCAUGAUUGUAAGGGUUCUCAAAACAGUGGAGAGAUUGAUAGCCUCGCUCGUUUUGCUGUCCAAGAACAUAACACGAAAGAGAAUGCUCUUCUUGAGUUUGUGAGGGUGGUGAAGGCCAAAGAGCAGGUGGUUGCUGGUAAGCUAUACCACCUUACUCUAGAGGCGAAUGAUGUUGGUAAUAAGAAGAUAUAUGAAGUUAAAGUCUGGGUGAAGCCAUGGAUGAACUUCAAGCAGUUGCAGGAAUUCAAGCAUGUUGAAGGGGGUACAUCCUCUGACCUCGGCGUUAAACAAGGUCAUUGAAGAUUCUGCCAAAUUCAAUCUACUUCUGAAAUUGAGGAGGGGAAUCAAAGAAGAGAAUAUCAAGGUUGAAGUAAUUAAAAACAUAGAAGGGAAGUUUUAUGUAAAUUUGAUGCCAUAAUAUGCAAGUGCCUUGGUGCUGCUACCUACAGUAUAGUAUAGAGCAAUAAACACACCACUCUGGCAAUUAUGCUUUUAUGUUUGUAUCUGUAUAUAUUUAUGCUUUAUGACAUAGAUAUGGAUUUUAUGAGUAA